CUGGAGGCUGGAGCAACGACCGCCGUCUGUAACUCCAUUGCUAAAUUUCCCGAACUCCCCUGACAACACGAAGUCCCAAAUCCGCCGUCAACCCGACAGUCAGACGGACAAAGUCUCUUCCUUCAUCCUCCAAACCUACCUUCUCCAGGCAGUUCAAAACAACAUCCACCAAACCCCUCCUCUCAAUUCCGCCGCAAAAAGUCCCUGUAAUUUCUUCCAUCGAAUUGCCGACAAACUAGCUCCGAGGUCUGGUUUUCUCUCCCCGCCAGGUGUUAUUCUGCCGGCUUGGCCUUGGAAGCCCGGCUGAUAUCCAGCUACCAAUCGUCUUCCUCUGUCACCGAGUUCUAGGGUUUCUCUUUUCCUUUCCAUGAAACCAAGUUCCUUCAUUUCGUUGCUGAAUUCUGAUUCCGUUCUUGUAAUUUUAUUGUGAUGGAUCAGAUGCAGAAGCAUUUGCCUAACAAGAUUGAAGAUGAGCAGCGCUCAGCUAAUUCUCCGCUUCAACCUGCCGCAGACCUCCAUCUGGAGGUGCAAGACGUGGAUCUCCAUUCCAACUCUACUGUAGAAGUAAAGGAAGAAGCAAAGCCGGCAUUUUGCUCUGCGCCCUCUGUUGCCACUUCUCAACCUAGCUGUGUGGUGGUGGUAGUUAAUGAGGAGGAUGAGUCGCCUUUGCCCUCUGCUCCGGAGCCUCCCACGAAGCCCUCUCUCUCUAGGGAUCCAAGUUCUCAUGAACAGUGCAGAGUGUGUCAGCAAGAGAAGGAAGAAGUUCUCAUUGAUUUGGGGUGCAAAUGUAAAGGGGGGCUUGCUAAAUCCCACCGUUCAUGCAUCGAUGCUUGGUUCCGGACGAGGGGAUCAAAUAAGUGCGAGAUAUGCCAAGAUAUUGCAGUCAAUGUGCCCCCUCCAGAAUCUCAACCAAGUACAAACUACUGGGUGUGGAGACUUGAUCCAAGUUACAGACCUCGAGACAGGGAAAGGGGUUGUUUUAGUCCUCUUUGGGUGGCAUUCUCGAUUCUUAUCGGUGGCCUCUUGUUGGAUGUGCUGAUCUCCAUCACUCUUGGAGUUUCUGCUCUACCUGUCAACGUAAUAAUUGGAGUGAUUGUUCUGCUUGGACUUGGAACAGCACUUCGGUUGGCUCUGGAGUUCUGCCAUGAAUGGAGUUUCAGGAGAGCAGUUCACAGGGUUGAUGCGAAUGUGAACCUCGGGUAUCAUCCCACAUUAUAGAGCACUUAGGCGCCUGUACAGAGAAGAAACACAGAACCAGAUGGACCGGCUGUUACAUCCUGUCCAGUGUAUAUAACUAUAUAUAGUUAGGGGAAACGGGCGUGCAUACUAUCUGUUGUUUAUGCUUUGAGCACCACCACUACUCAUUCCCGAAUCGAGUGUGGCUGCUGCAGUGAAAGGCGAUGGUGGUCAACUGGGGAACAAGCCCUUGUAAAUGAUGAAACGGCCAAGAUUGUGAAGCUGGUCUUCUUUUCGCUAGGACAUUGAUUAUUACUUUCAAUAAACGGCCAGUUAGCAUUCUUUGUUCUCAAUGUUCAUUAUAGAACUCGUUUUCAUAGCAGAGAUGGAAUUAGGAAUACAGCAGGGUUGCUCAUUUGUUCCAUGUUCUUUUUCCUCUGAUAAGUUAAUAGAAUGUUUUUGGUAAUGUGCAUGCAUAACAACACUUUCACUGUGUGCUUGUUAGAAUUCUGGGUCUCAACUCUCAACUCUCAACCUCUAUAAUGUAACUUGAAACAGGUCUCUCAUGGAUGAAAGGGGAAGGUCCUGAAGAGCAAGUUUUAGUAUGAAUGAGAGGUUUGUAUUGUUGUGGUGUAUAUGACUGACAUUA